AUGGCCAAAUCUUACGACUAUCUCUUCAAGCUGCUUCUUAUUGGAGAUUCUGGUGUCGGAAAGACAUGUGUACUGUUCCGAUUUUCAGACGAUUCGUUCAAUAAUUCAUUCAUCUCCACGAUCGGUAUUGAUUUCAAGAUACGAACGAUAGAAUUGGAUGGGAAAAAAAUCAAACUACAGAUAUGGGAUACAGCUGGCCAGGAACGUUUUAGAACAAUUACGACUGCUUACUAUCGAGGAGCUAUGGGGAUUAUGUUGGUGUACGAUAUAACGAAUGAGAAAUCAUUCGAUAAUAUAAAAAACUGGAUUCGAAAUAUCGAGGAGCACGCAUCAUCGGAUGUGGAUCGAAUGAUUAUUGGUAAUAAAUGCGACAUUGAAGAAAGGAGACAGGUAUCACGAGAACGUGGUGAACAGCUGGCCAUAGAAUACGGUACCAAAUUCAUGGAAACAUCGGCUAAAGCUAAUAUCAAUGUUGAAGAAGCCUUCUUCACGCUGGCCCGUGACAUAAAAUUGAAAACAGAACGUGCAUCACAAGAGCACACUACUCAAAAUACUGGUCGAAUAACGGUCCACCAAACGCCAAGAAAAAGUUCUUCACUCUUUUCGGGUUGGAGAUGCUCACUUUUCUAG